CACAAGUCGGUUUGACAAACUAGUUUUCUGGAAGCAGUAUGUCUGCUAGGGUUGAUUACAACGUGCUUUUGUAUGUUUUCGCACUCUCCUUCUGUGGUUCUUUUGCUGCUUUAUAUGAAGGAGACAAUUGUUCCUUGCAAAAUGGCAGCGACGGCAAGUGCAAACUUCUAAAGGAAUGUCCGACCGCUGUGCAACUGAUAAAAGCAGGAGUUUUUCCGGCCAUAUGUGGAUUCGUGGAAACUGAAUCAAUUGAAGUAAUGCUAGGUUUCACGAACAAGUCAGAUCCCGCUCAGGUGCAAAAACGUACCGUUAUUGAAACCAUCCGUCAUCCCGAAUAUAAAAACGGAUACCACGACAUUGGUCUCUUGAGACCACAUACUUCUAUCCUAUACUGA